CGUGUUUUCCAGCCUAGACCCUGGCCAUGGAUGAUUCAUGGAAAUGAUCGUCUUCGACCGACGUAUGCUUAUAUUUGGGACCAAGUGGCAGCUCCUUUUGCGAGAGCUAAGAGGGCAUACAUGGAGUAUGUUAACGAGUUUGACACCCUUUCUGCCUCUAGCGUCACAUGGCAGCCAUACAACGCACCUGAGUAUGCUGGGAUGAUCUUUAGUGUAGUAUGCAGCAGUGAAGAUGAACUCUAUAUGAUGCAAUGUCCUUUGGUCUGUUUCUGGUGUGUUGAGUGGCACCUACCUCACAGGGUUCAGAGACAGUUUGGUAGGAACCAGCUAUGGCCGGUUGAAGAUGUUCCUACUUCAAAGGAGCUACACAAAUUUGACCGGCGGAAGCAAAAGAAGAUAACGGACUUUCGUCAACAUCAUCUGAUAUUAGUAAAUGAUUGGGAAUCGGGUGCUGAGAAUGUAUAUUCCAACGAUGAGUUGCACAACAAUAGUGAUUACAGGCGGUACCAAGCUUGGUACCAGGGUGCGACUCGUUGUAAGCUUCGCCAGCAGUGGACAGCGGAAGACUACGCCGACAUUGAUUCUUCAGACGAUGAAGAAACGGAGUAUGACCUGACCACUAGACUGGGAACCCAAGUGGAGGCGGCACCCAUAUUAGAUCGAGUGGGUAACACAUUGCGACAGUCGGUAGAGGACAUUGAUCGCCAACUUUUGACUACGGGCGACAGCAGCAUGCGCAGCUUCUUGCAGCGUUUAUCUAGGCGCCUACGUGGAGCUGCUGCUCGCUGUGGCUGCAGGACUACUGUUGCACAUGACGUCCAUGUACCAUCGUGUACCGACACAGCAACGCCCUCCACAGGUCUUGGUGCUGGCUUCGACUACGAUCACGACGAGAUAGGACCUUCACAGCUUGAGGGGGCUCCUUCGACACAGCCAUUACAACCACAGGAUCGUAGGCGACACCGCUCUCCACAACGUUACACUCCAGGCACCGACGCUUUAGGCAAGGGUAAGACUAGGAGACGUUGAAUUGGUUUGGACUCUAUGGACUUGUUAUGUAACGUAUGAAUUAUAUAGACUUGUAAUGGACUCAUUUGGCCUCUACGGGCUUGUAUGACAUUUUAAUGGACUUGUAUGAAUUCUAUGGACUUGUAAUGAACUUGUUUAGACUUUUAUGAGCUUGCUUGGAAUUGUUUACAAUUGUAUGCACUUGUAUGUUAUGCUUAUCUAUGAGUAUGUCUUGGAUUGACAAAAAACAGAGAAAACUCUGCCGAAAUUUUGUGAAAUUGUUGGUUAUGUCAUGUAGCCUUUACAUAACUAUUACAUAGCCUUUUCAGAAGCAUUAAUUUUAGGACUAGCAUCUAUACUUUUCAGAUCCAUUUCGUAGCCUUUUCAGGAGUGCUUAUAUAGCCUUUUCAGAGUGUAAAAAUAGCCUUUUCAGGAUUGUAUAUAUAGCCUUUUCAGAAAAAGAACAUAGCGUAGGACAUGUAGCCUUUUCAGAACUAGAACAUAGCCUUUUCAGAGUUUUUGUACAUAUCUGAUGUUUAUAAUCUAUUACACUAUCUAUCCUUUAGCCUAUAUAUACACGAUCCUUUGUACAUUUGCUUCAUUGUGCAAUAGAAUGGCUUCAGGGUCUUCUAGGGGCAAGGGUGCGGUAAAUGAGAGACGAAAGGAUGGAGGGAAGUUAACUCCAAUGUCUUUUGAUGGCCCUCUUGGUCCAGAUUUUUUUGAAGAGGCGGUUUUUAACUUUCCAGUUCAAAGUAAAAAAGAUUUCAACAAAGAGGUUAGACUUAGGUCCUACGAUAAUAGGAGAGAAGAUUGGCCGAAGUGCAUGCAUGGCGAGGAUUGCUUGGUGCAGAUGUUCGUUGAGGGUGGAAUUGAUGGAGGCCGGCGUUUCUUCAGAUGUCCUUAUGCAUAUCAUUCAUUGGUCAAGGAGAAUUGUGGGUUCACUCGUUGGGUAGAUCCUCGUCCAAUUUUUCCUCAUGCGGAAUACAUAUCCUACCUACAGAAUAGGAUAUUUGAUCUAGAGAGAGAAGUAAGCAACAAAAAUGAUGAGGAAGAAAGAGACACAAACAAUGGUGGUGCUUCACAGGUGCAAGUAUGCCCAGAUCCAUAUUGUUGCUGCCCUUGUCACAACAAGAAUGUUGGUCCUCCGUCGUCUCCACCGCACCCACAGCAGACACCAACAAUGGGAGGAUACUAUGGGGAAGGCUCAACUCAAUUUGG